GGUGUUUCAGCCACAUCUCCUAUACUCGCACAGAAAUGGCCACCGCAUACGCUCAGCCCGCUGCUGCGAACUACUUUGCUGCGCCGUCACACCCACCGCCGAAACAACGCGGAUACAGGGUGUGUGAUCAGUGCGGUGCCGUAGAGCAACCCACGUCUGCCCGCUUUAGACUCUGCGGUGGAUGUAUGAUCACCCAGUACUGCUCCCAGGAUUGUCAGAAGAUGCACUGGCCUUCCCACAAACAGAUUUGCCAACACACAUCAAAACAAGUGUCGGCGAUGAAGCAGCCCGGAGACAUGGACGAGAAUCUCGUCAAAAACCUUAGAAAAUUCGUCUCUGCGCAUUCAACACUAAUCGGUUGGGCGGGGUUUCAGGCGCUCCAGCUGAAGCGUCUCCCCUCCAACGUCCGUCAAAACGCCCUGCUCAUCGAGCUCUCCUAUCAUCCUUCCGCAUCUGAAUCCGUUCGGAGAUUUUCCAUCAAGGGCACCCAUAUCGUCCCACGGACGUAUGUCACCGACAACGAUCCUCUCGUGGGCGCCGACAUUCAGCGCCGCGAGGAGCGCUGUCGCCGCAGUGGCGGUAUUGGCACCGCAGUCAUCCUCAUCCAGUGCAGUGACGUCAGCCAAGUCAUGCCAGUGGAAGUGGACGCGCCCAGCAAAAUAUCCUGGGAUUACCGGGAGGACUGGGCAGACACGCUCCGGCAUUUCGUCGACUCUGGUCGGAUAGACUUCAAGCCCAUCUCGACAACCCCGAGAGGGAUUGUCUACGGAUGAGUGAUCCGUAUCUUCGACCCUUCGUAUUCUGCGCGACGUGGAUCGUCGUUUUGGCCAGCAUUCCCUUCUGCUUCCACUAUCUGGGAUCGUGUUGAAGCUCGGAUUUCUCCUACUGGUUGCUCCGGUGUGCAUGAAUCGAGUCUUAUCGUCAUGCUGUGUAUCGUUAUACCCUUCCGUUUGCUUUCGAGAUUCGUUCGGCAUCUAAAUUAUGCAUAGCAUCUUCUUGGCGCAUUGUAUAAUACGCAUCCAAUGGAUUCCUCGCUUUUCUGUAACACCAU